GCAAGAGGCGGCCAUGGAGAGCGUUCCUCCUGUACGGCCCGCCAGGCACGGGCAAGUCGUAUCUGGCCAAAGCCGUCGCCACGGAGGCCGACUCCACCUUCUUCAGCAUCUCAUCGUCGGACCUGGUGUCCAAGUGGAUGGGCGAGAGCGAGAAGCUGGUGGCGAAUCUGUUUCAGAUGGCGCGGGAGAGUGCGCCCUCCAUCAUCUUUAUCGACGAGAUCGACUCGCUGUGCGGCCAGAGAGGCGAGGGCAACGAGAGCGAGGCGUCACGGCGCAUCAAGACAGAGUUCCUCGUUCAGAUGCAGGGUGUGGGCACGGAGGACAACAAGGUGCUGGUGCUCGCUGCCACCAACACGCCGUACUCCCUCGACCAGGCGGUGCGUCGGCGCUUUGACAAGAGAAUCUACAUCCCACUACCGGAUGUGAAGGCCAGGCAGCACAUGUUCAAGGUGCAUCUGGGAGACACGCCCUACAGCUUGUCAGAGAAGGACUUUGAGGAGCUGGCUCAGAAGACAGAUGGAUUCUCGGGGUCGGAUAUAUCAGUCUGCGUGAAGGAUGUCCUGUUUGAGCCUGUUCGGAAGACGCAAGAUGCCAUGCAUUUCAAGAAGGUGCCGAAAGACGGGGACGUGUGUUACAUGCCGUGUGGACCACGGGAGCCAGGCGCCAUUCAGACCACCAUGGAGGAGCUUGCAGCGCAGGGGCUGGGGGAGAAGAUUGUUCCUCCACCCAUCAUGAAGUCUGAUUUUGACAAGGUGUUGUCACGACAGAAGCCAACAGUGAGCAAAGACGAUUUAAAGAUUCAAGAGAAGUUCACAGAAGAGUUUGGAGAAGAAGGCGCUUGUUCACUCAAGCCGGAUCACGAGUCGCCUGGCGCCAGCGGCGGAGUUGGCGCUGCACGGCUCAGUAGCAUAUGGCUCGGAUCUCGAAACAUUUCUGCUGCCCGGAACCUGGCUCCGGGAACUAUCGUUUCUUGCCCGGCGCCAGUGGUGCUGCCACGUGGCGUAGCGCGGUUUGUUGUGGUGGCGACGGCUGGUCAGACCCCAAAGGCAGUGUCGGGCGAUGCGGUGGUGGCGGAGAGCAGCGAGUCAGCCCCGUCUGCCUCGUCCCAUGCACGUGCGGUCACCCACUUCUACCGCCACCCACUCCUCUCCGACGCUGCCACAGACUCGCUGCUUCACAAGGUCCAGGAGAAGGUGUCGGCUGACGUCAUCGGCAUCCGCACGGAGCAGUGCUUCAACGUGGAGCUGACGUCACCUCUGGAUGCAGCACACGAGGCGGCUCUGGUGUGGGUGUUAUCUGAGACGUACGAGCCUGAGAAGCUCACCCGGGAGUCUGUUUUUAGCGCUGGCGCUGCAGCGGAGGGGGAAGGGGAGGGAGAGGAGGAGGAGGAGGUGGUGGUGGUGGAGGUGGGGCCUCGUUUGUCGUUUACCACGGCCUGGUCGACAAACGCUGUCUCCAUCUGCCGCUCCUGCACCCUGGAGCAGGUGACUCGCAUCGAGCGCUCUCGCCGCUACGCCCUGCAGCUGGCGCCAGGGGUGGACGCUGCAGCUGCCUUUACGGAGGAGCAGAGGGCGGCGUUUGCAGCGCUGGUGCACGACCGCAUGACAGAGUGUGUGUACGAGUCGCGGCUUGAGACGUUUGUCACGGACGCUGCUCCCGCGCCUGUCGUCCGCAUCCCAGUUAUGAAGGAGGGGCGCAAGGCGUUGGAGCAGGUCAACAAGGACAUGGGGCUGGCGUUUGAUGAGUGGGAUCUUGAUUACUACACGCGUCUGUUCCGUGAGGACAUUGGCCGGGACCCGACCAACGUGGAGCUGUUUGACAUCGCACAGUCCAACUCCGAGCACAGCCGCCACUGGUUCUUCAAGGGCGAUUUGACAGUGGACGGACAGAAGGGCGACCUGACAGUGGACGGGCAGAAGGUGCAGCACACGCUGAUGGAUCUGGUGAAGGACACGCUGACUGCCAACCCCAACAACUCCGUCAUUGGCUUCAAAGAUAACUCCAGUGCCAUCCGUGGUCGUGUGGUGUCCGCCAUUCUGCCCGAGAAUCCCGGGAAGCCAUCAAAGCUGGCGCCUGAGGAGCGGGAUUACGAUAUUCUCUUCACUGCUGAGACGCACAACUUCCCCUGCGCUGUGAGUCAGCGUCGUAUCUUCCCUAGGACCCGGGUGGCACCAUUCCCUGGGGCCGAGACGGGUGCGGGGGGGCGGAUCCGUGACACGCACGCGACAGGUGUCGGCUCGCUAGUGGUCGCUGCUACUGCUGGUUAUUGCGUGGGCAACUUGCAGGUCAGUGCAAGCUGGGGAGGGGGAGGGGAUGUUGGGAUGGAGGGGCAUGCAGCGCCCUGGGAAGACACCUCGUUUGUGUACCCUCCCAACCUUGCUCCACCGCUCCAGAUUCUUCUUGAUGCCAGCGAUGGUGCGUCAGACUAUGGCAACAAGUUCGGGGAGCCGCUCAUCCAGGGCUAUACGCGCACGUUCGGGAUGCGGCUGGCGAGCGGGGAGAGGCGGGAGUGGCUGAAGCCCAUCAUGUUCAGCGGGGGUAUCGGGCAGAUCGACCACCGGCACCUGGUGAAGGAGGAGCCAGACGUGGGCAUGCUCGUGGUCAAGAUCGGAGGCCCGGCAUACCGCAUUGGCAUGGGCGGAGGUGCGGCCAGCAGCAUGGUGUCUGGCACGCGGGACGCAGAGAUGGAUUUCAAUGCGGUGCAGAGGGGUGACGCGGAGAUGGCCCAGAAGCUGAACCGCGUGGUGCGCACGUGUGUGGAGCUGGGCGACAAGAACCCCAUCCUCAGCAUCCACGACCAGCUGGGCGAUAGGAACCCCAUCCUCAGCAUCCCCGACCAGGGCGCGGGAGGCAACUGCAACGUGGUGAAGGAGAUCAUCUACCCACAGGGGGCGGAGAUUGACGUGAGGUCGAUCGUGGUGGGCGAUGAAACCAUGUCUGUGCUCGAGAUCUGGGGCGCCGAGUACCAGGAGCAGGACGCCCUCCUGGCGCGGCCUGAAAGCGAGGCACUGCUGCGGUCAAUCUGCGAGCGAGAGAGGCUCUCUAUGGCUGUCAUUGGAACCAUCAGUGGUUCCGGCAAGGUGGUUCUAUUCGACUCCAGGGAGCAGCAGGAGGCGGCAGCGGCAGGCCACGCCCCUCCCCUCCCAGCAGUGGACCUCGAUCUCGACAAGGUGCUGGGCGACAUGCCCAGCAAGCGAUUUGACUUCGUACGGAGCACGGAUGAAAGGGAGCCUCUGGAGCUGCCUCCAGCGCUGACCGUGGCAGAGGCGCUCAAGAGGGUGCUCAGGCUGCCUUCCGUUGCAUCCAAGCGCUUCCUCACCACCAAGGUGGAUCGCUGUGUCACGGGCCUCGUGGCGCAGCAGCAGACCGUGGGCCCGCUGCAGAUCACCCUUGCUGACGUGGCAGUCAUUGCUCAGACCCAUACAGGCAUCACGGGAGCAGCAUGCGCCAUCGGGGAGCAGCCAAUCAAGGGCCUCAUCAAUCCAGCAGCCAUGGCGCGCAUGGCAAUAGGGGAGGCUCUCACCAACCUUGUGUGGGCCAAGGUCACAGCGCUGGAGGACGUGAAGGCGAGUGGCAACUGGAUGUAUGCAGCCAAGAUGGGCGGCGAGGGGGCAGCCAUGUACGACGCUGCAGUGGCGCUCAAAGAGGCGAUGCUGGAACUGGGAAUUGCGGUUGACGGGGGCAAAGACAGCCUGUCUAUGGCAGCUACGGCGGGGGGAGAGACAGUGAUGGCGCCUGGGAACCUGGUGCUGAGCGCGUAUGUCACGUGCCCAGAUAUCACCCUCACUGUCACGCCCGACCUCAAGCUCCCAGGCGAAGGUGUGUUGAUCCAUGUGGACCUGAGCGGAGGCAGCAGGCGCGUGGGUGGGUCGGCCCUCGCCCACGUGUACGACCAGAUAGGCGAUGAGUCACCGGAUGCUGAUGUGGCGCUGCUCAAACGUGGCUUCAAUGCCGUGCAGGAUCUGAUUGGUCGGCGUCUGGUCUCCUCAGGGCACGACGUGAGCGACGGCGGCAUCAUCACAGCCAUUCUCGAGAUGGCCUUCGCAGGCAACACGGGGGUCACUGUCGACCUGCCCUCGCCUGCUGCUGACACACACGAAGGGGAAGAGGAGGAGGAGGUGGAUGUGUUUGGGGCGCUCUUUGCGGAGGAGCUGGGGCUCGUCAUCGAGGUGGCGCCGGCCAAUCAGGACGAAGUACUGCGCACGCUCUCCGCCGCCCAGGUUCCCGCCACCGUCAUUGGCCAAGUCACAUCCCCCUCCUCCUCCGCUCCUGCCUCUCCACCGCUCCUCUCGGUGGCGGUUGCGGGGGUGCCGGUGCUAGAGGGGGAGUCGAUGCCAGCCUGGCGGGACGUGUGGGAGGAGUCGUCUUUUCUGCUGGAGCAGAUGCAGCGAACCGAGACGUGUGCUGUGGCUGAGAUGGAGGGGCUGAACCACCGCAAGGAGCCCUCGUGGAAGCUUCCUUUCACCCCGAGCAGGACUGCACAUGAGCUCAUGACCGCCACCACGAAGCCCAAAGUGGCUGUCCUGAGGGAGGAGGGCAGCAAUGGCGACCGGGAGAUGGCAGCAGCGGUGUGGGCAGCGGGCAUGGAGCCUUGGGAUGUGACUGUAUCGGAUCUGCUUCAAGGGCGGGCUCGGCUGGACGAGUUCAGGGGAAUCAUCUUUGUGGGCGGUUUCAGCUACGCGGACGUGCUGGACUCAGCCAAGGGGUGGGCGGCGGCGAUCCGGUUCAACGCGGGGCUUAAAGCCCAGUUCGACGCGUUCUACCAGCGGGAAGACACGUGGAGCCUGGGCGUGUGCAAUGGGUGCCAGCUCAUGGCGCUGCUGGGAUGGGUGCCUGGCCCAGACGUGGGCGGAGUGAUGGGCGAGGGAGGAGACGCAGUGCAGCCGCGCUUUGUGCACAACGAGUCGGGGCGCUUUGAGUGCCGCUUCUCCACCGUUCAGAUCGAGGAGUCUCCUGCUGUCAUGCUCAGGGGCAUGGAGGGCACGAGGGUGGGCAUCUGGGUGGCACACGGGGAGGGCCGAGCGCUCUUCCCCUCGGAAUCCCUCUUCCAAUCCGUCCUCUCCUCCAACCUUGCUCCCAUCCGCUACUGCGACGACGACGGCGCCCCCACCGAGGCGUACCCGUUCAACCCCAACGGGUCCCCCGCGGGGAUAGCCGCGCUGUGCUCUCCCAAUGGAAGGCAUCUGGCGAUGAUGCCGCAUCCGGAGAGGUGUUAUUUGAUGUGGCAGCUGCCGUGGGCGCCCAAGGAGUGGCGGGAGGGCAUGGAUGCGAGUGGGCCUAGCCCGUGGCUGAAGCUGUUUCAGAACGCGCGGGAGUGGUGCGCGGAGCAUCCUCAGUAG